CAGCUGGAGGAGAAACCGACGCCGAACUGCUGAGAUCGCCCGGUUUCGGGUUUCUUCACAGCGCCUGCCCGAAGACCCACGUCGUGCCCGGGAAACAUCAAAUAAAGUUCAGAGAUAAUAAAACUGUUGAUUUGUUUAAACGUCGUUUGUGGGCAGGCGCCUGAGACACAACUGUCGAAUCGCUCGUCUGGUCUUGGGUUCUUACCGUCAGCAUGAGUACAGAGCAGGUUUCUUCUCUGUUGGGUCCGGGGGAAACAAAGAGCACCCAAGUUCCCAUAGAGCAUCUGGACUAUGGUUUCAUACAGAACUGCGCUGAUGUGAAGCACCUGGGAAGGAUACUCAGAGUGUUGAGGUCUGGGCAGGAGGGGUUCUAUCCUCAUCUCAUAGACUUUUGUGAGAAACGCAUUGAAAAACUGGACCCGAAAAGCCGGGCCCUUCGUAAAGAUCAACCUCCGGCCACAGCAGCCAGCCUUCCUGCGGGGGAUUGGGCAGAAAUUGCUGAAGACUUAAAGAACUGGGAAAAUGAAGUUAAACAGAAUGAAGCUGAGAUGAAACAUCUGUCUGUGUUGCAUGAUGCAGAAAAUGUGCCCCUAGUGCGUGGGUCAAAUUUCUGUGUCGCUUCAAAUCAGAGUAAAGCUACUGAUGGAAGAAGUAAAACCAAGAAGAGGGCUGUUCCUCUGGAUUACAGAGAAUGGGACAAGUUUGAUGCUGACAAAGAAUGUUCCAAAAUUGAUGGAAACGUCAAAGAAGAAUUUUCUUCAGCAGUCAUCAAUCAUGGUCUUCCUAAAGUGAAACGACAAAUUGACACAAGAGCAUUGACUGAAAAGGAAAAACAGCUCCUUGCAAACCGGGAGAAAGAUAAAGGCAACGAGGCUUUCAAAGCUAAAGAUUAUGAAGAAGCUGUGGUGUACUACACAAGGAGCCUCUCUGUGAUGCCAACAGUGGCUGCCUACAACAACAGAGCUCAGGCAGAGAUUAAUCUUCAGAACUGGAAUAAUGCUUUCCAUGACUGUCAAAAAGCAUUAGAACUGGAGCCAAACAAUCUGAAAGCACUUCUGCGGCGUGCUACUGUGUACAAACACCAGGGAAACUAUAAGGCAGCUGUAGACGAUUUGAGGAAUGUGCUGCGUGCUGAACCACAUAAUUUGAUCGCAAAGAACCUCCUGUGUGAAGCUGAAGAAAAAGUGAAAGAUGGAGAAUCCGGACCGCAGCCGAGAGGGAAGCGGAUUGUCAUUGAAGAAGUAGAUGAGUCUGAGGAACAGGGAGAAGAAGCAGAAGGCAGCCUGCAUGUGGGUGGAGAGACUGCCAGUCCUGCUGUGAAGGGAGAAAUGGGGAACGCAAAUAAAAAGUUUCCCGGCAGAGGAGAUGGGGGCCCCAGGAUGGAGACGAAGACGUCACCUGCGCCCCAGAAAGAGAAGAGCAAAGGAGCCAGUGGGGAAACGUCCAGGGCCCAAGGAGACAGCAAGUCUGCAGACCAGGGGCUGGUGAAUGGAGCGCAGGAGAAUGGGAGCUGUGUAGGUGAUCAGAGCAGUUCUGGUGCCCCAGGUACUGACAGCAGCAGGCCCGACGUCAUCUCUGGGGCCCUAACCCCGGAACUAGCUAAGCUGAAAAGUCAAGGCAACGAGCUUUUCAAGAAUGGACAAUUUUCUGAUGCCUUGAAUAAGUACACCCAGGCCAUUGGUGGCUUUAUUGAGGCCGGUAUCGACAGUGCAGAAGACCUCAGUAUUCUGUACUCAAACCGAGCUGCAUGCCAUCUGAAGGAUGGGAACAGUCUUGAGUGCAUUCAAGACUGUAAAAGAGCCUUGGAGCUCCAGCCUUUCUCCAUCAAGCCCCUUCUUCGGAGAGCCAUGGCUUAUGAGUCACUGGAGAAUUACCGGCAGGCCUACGUGGAUUAUAAGACUGUGCUUCAGAUCGACCGGGGAGUGCAGGCUGCCAGCGACAGUGCCAACAGGAUUUCACGGUUGUUAAUAGCACAGGACGGUCACGCCUGGAGAGAGAACCUGCCUACAAUCCCAGUGGUGCCCUUGUCCUCCCAGCAGCACAGAUGGCAGGAGCCGUUGCCCAGAUCGGAGCAAACACCGGGCACAGGCCAGGUCUCGGAUAGCGCCGGCGCACCACAGGACACAGGUGAAAAGGCUGAUGCCCUUUUCCUUUCUUUGAAGCAAGAAGGAAAUGAUUUUGUGAAGAAAAGCCAAUACAGGGCCGGACUUGGAAAGUACAGUGAAUGCCUUAAGAUAAAACCUGAAGAGUGUGCUAUUUAUACUAACAGAGCUUUGUGUUAUUUAAAACUGGAUCAGUUUGCAGAAGCCAAACAAGACUGUGAUUCUGCACUUCAACUGGAGCCCUCAAAUAAGAAAGCAUUUUACAGAAGGGCUCUAGCCUACAAAGGGUUACAGGACUACGCUGCUUGCAGUGCAGACCUGCAGGAGUUGCUGCGCUUGGACCCCAGUGUGCAGGAGGCGGAGAGAGAGCUGCAAGAGGUCACUGGGCUGCUGAAGCAGCAGCACCUGUCUGCCAGCCCUCAGGACAAACACAGGAGGAAUGUCCCCAUCCAGGAGGUGAAUGACAACGAGGAAACUGAAAGCACAGAGCACAGGACCAGCGAGAUAGACAGAGAAGAAAUGAACAACACCGUUGAGGUGGAACACACAUUUACAUUAGAGCCUACAAAUGCCUACGAGUUUGGCCAGGCCUUGAACGCAGCAAGGGCAAAAGGCGAUGUUGCUACGUGUGCUGAACUGCUCUGCAGUGUAGAGCCAGAGAAGCUCCCUUCCUUCAUGAGCAAUAAGCUGGAUGGGGAUGUCUUUACUUUUAUUAUUCAAGCUCUCGAUGAACAUCUACUUCAAGAGGACCCCAUUGCUGUUUACCAUCAUUUGAACCACCUGCACAAAGCGGAAAGGUUCAAGGUGGUACUGCUGCUUUUGAGCAAAAAUGAACGUCAAAAGGUAAACCAACUAUUUGAACAUCUGUCUAUGGUUGAAAAGCAAGGGUUUACAACAUAUGAUGUUCAGAAUCUAGCAAACAAGUAUAUUGUUUCAUGAAUGCAGUACUUUCCCCACACACUUUGAGUGGGAGGUGGAUCUAUGCAAACAAUGGCUUUCAUGGUUUGUAUGCUGAAAAAUCUCAAAUAUAUCAAUCUGUUACAUGCUGAAAUAACAUUUAUACACAGUCAAUUUGGUGAGUUUACACUUCUAUAUUCAAAUUUAUCAAGGUUUUUUUCAUUUAAGACAUCAACAUUGAUGGUUCCUCUCUUGAGUUUUUCUAAAUCGCAACUUUCUUUAAUGGGAGGUAAUUUUUGGAGGAAGUCUCUUCAUAAUUCUCUCCAGGGAAUUGAAUGUUCCAGGGUGAUUUUAAUCCUGUAAAGACAGGUUUAAAGUGUAAAACCUGUCAGGAAUCUUCAAGCAGUCCAAUAGUGAGAAACCAGACCCUAAAUGUACAUACACCUCUACUGUAUUUCCACAGGUUUCAUUUGACAUCUCAGAAUUCUAAAUGUUAUGUUUAACUUCUGAGGCUAGGAUACAAUACUACAUUUGCUAGAACAGUCUCUGCAUUAAAUGUAGCUCUCCUUCUGGACAAAUAUAUGAUAGUGUACAGCAAAUGAAAAACAAACCAAAUUCUAUUUGUACUAUGUAUCUGAUGCAAGAUGGUUAUGGUUCAGCAAGGCACAUCUGAGUAUGUUGAAUUUAUGGUUUAUGCAUAGUUAUGCAGUCAUUCUGCAGUGUCCUCAUGUAAAAAGGAACACUUGGGAUUAUUCUGCAUUCAGAGGGCUGCAUUAGCUAGUUACAACCCUUGAGAGCAGCCCCACUGUGGAAAGCUAAUUGCCACAAGGCACAUGUAAGGGUUUACAUUAUCUUGACUGCAAAAUUAAAUCUUUGUACUGUUGUUUGGUGCCAAACAUUACAGCUGCAGCAUGACAGACUCAUAUCAUGUUCACUAAGAAUUCUCAAUUGAGAUGGAAUUGUUGCAAGAAAUUUUACUUAUUGAUUUCACUGCUGCUCGGUAAAAGCCUAUACCAAGAUUUAUUUUGCCAGAUUUUAGUAGUGUAAAAGUGCAGACAUUUUGUUUUCUGUUUAUGUUGUAAAUAAUAUUCAGCAUUGCAUACAAUAGAUUUUUAAAAUGUUUGGGAAUGUGAAAAUAUUUUAAAUGAGAUGUGCAUUAAAUUUAAAUAUGCUUUCUGAUCUUAAAAUGUAUUACUGAGGACUAUGCAAUAGCUUCAAUUGACCAGCGCCUUAACCAGAGGGCAGCUGUGAAAAUGUAAUACAUUUACUAAAAUAGCAUUUAAGGAUCUGGAAUCAGGCAAAUGCUGUCCACAUAGCUAAAUAGUAAGCACUGUACAAACAGUAUUUGCAGAGAAAGAACAUCUCUACAAAAUCUGUUUUUAAAAAACUUGACUCUACAUUUUUCACUCAGGUUUCUUCUGGUAAUGCUGAAUGUAACUUUCAAGGGGAUGUAUAGAAUAGUUGCUCAAAGAAAAAUGGUUUUAAAUUUUUUAAAUAAAAGUUCAGUUAUUGUACUAUUUCGUUAUGUUGAAAGUCUUUGAAUGUAUACUGUUAAAUUCAGGGAGACAAGCUUGCAAUAAUUGAUCCAGCAAUAAACUGCAUGUGAAAGACUUGA